AUGGUCUACGGACAAGGUCGUGAUAGGCUAGCGGUUGGACGGAUGCUACAGGACAGGCUGAGCAAAGUCGCAGAUUGGUGCGAGGAAUACAAUGCGGUCAUCAAUCCAGACAAAGCACAGGUCAUCUGGUGCUCACUCAACAACCGUAUUGUGAAAGAUCCUACCCUUCCAAUUGUGUUUGACCACUUUCUCAUAGACAGACAGAAUGAGUUGAAGUACCUGGGAAUCACUCUGGACAGGACACUUUCUUUUCCAAUGACUUCCCGGAAAAAGUACGUGAAGAUCUUUGUGAACAGAAUAACCAGCAGUACAAGUAACAUGGACGCCACCUGGAUAUUUACCAACAUUAUUCUGGUAGCAGCCCUGAUAAUGUGUUCAAAAGCAUGGCGUCUCAAUGUUACGUCAGAAGAAAUCGAAAUCGGUAAGACAGCACAAGUUUCUCUGAACUGCUACAACCCCUAUCAGCAGCCUGACAUUUCGGAAAUCCUGUUGAUGAGAAUCCAGAAAAAACAUUUGAGCGGAUGGUCCAGUGUUGCUGAACUUCGCGACGAUGAUGUGGACGUCAGACUAACAGCUAAAGAUGUGACUGCUACGGGCAGCAUUGUCUCCGGGGCUAACAGCUAUAUGCGGCUUUCUUGGCCACUGGCAACUAACGAUACAAUCGGUGUGUACCGUUGUGACGUCACUAUUUUGAAUUCCCACGGCAGUGUCGGGUGGCAGAAAAGCCCACCGACUUCCAUCACUCGUAAGAGUGACGUCACUGUUCAGAUCCUGAGUGAAAUGGUAGAAGAGAACAAGAGACAGUGUAUGCAACAAAAACACGAUAUCCAGAAAUACGUAGCAGCAGCCUUAGAGGAGAACCAAAAAAAUAGUAUUAAGGAAAAACAAGACGUUCUCCAGAACAUGACGGCAACUCUGAAGGCGCUUGAAGCGAGUUUUGAGAGCAAGCUGGAAAGCCAGAUAGAGAUUUUGGAGAACGUGGCCGCUGCCUUGGACAGGAACAGGAAAGAGGGUCUUCAACAGAGCCAAGACCUCCUGGUUAACGCGACUUCCAUCAUGGAGGAUCUCGAAGCCAGUUUUGAGCGCAAGUUGAGCGUUGUCAAAAGUCAGUUACGGCCCCAGUCGUGCGCCAGUGCUAAGGGUUUGGGUCCUCGGCCGGUGGUCCGUCUCUUUAGUGGUCAACUUGUAGUCUGUGACAUGGUGACGGACCAAGGAGGCUGGAUCGUGAUACAGAGACGCGCUUCGGCGGAAGUUGAUUUUUUCCGUGGUUGGGCGGACUAUAAGUAUGGAUUUGGUGACCUCUCUGGCAAUUUCUGGCUCGGACUAGAGAAAAUCCACCAGCUAACAAGUCAGGGGAGAUACGAACUAAGGUUCGAUUUGAGAUUCCAGGGGAAAAACUACUACGCCAGCUACGACAACUUUUCGCUCUCUGGUGAAACAGAAAAUUACAAAAUUCAAUUUUCCGGAUUUUCGGGUAAUGUAACUGAGGACAGUAUGGCUUAUCACAAUGGAGAGCAGUUCUCAUCCAAGGACCGUGACAACGACUCAUGGAGUGGCAUGAACUGUGCCAACGCCAACCACGGGGCUUGGUGGUACAGGAAGUGCCAUCGAGUGAACCUUAACGGAUUGUGGGGCAGUACAGUAGGCUCAAAAGGCUUGAGAUGGCGUAGCGUAACCCAUGGUUCUGUCUCCUUCAGCGAAAUGAAGAUUCGACCAUUUGUUUAG